AUGCCCGAUGAAUACUCCAAGACUCGUCUGACAAAACGACCGCUCGUCAUGACCGAAUCGGCCGUCGGCAGGCUUCCGAGCCGACUGUCCUCUCGGUUCUCACUUACACUGCCACCAAUAAUCCCGCUGCCUCCCAUGCUGUCGUACAAUAACCUCAAUUUUUUCCGAUCGUCCAGCAAGCGGCGUGCAGAGAGGAAGAGCUGGCUCAACGGCGAGGAAUUCCAUGGGCCGAGUGUGAAGAAAGAUUCGAAAGACGGCUGGUUUAGCAGGGAUAGUUGGAUUCGACAGGUUCCCACGGUGCCGAACCUCAGGGCUGCCGAGGAGGGCGGCGACGGGAUACGUGAUGCUGGACGGCAGAACAGCCAGCACAGACCGUCGUACGAGGAGUACCGGAAGCAGCAGCAGCAGGGAGAACCGUACCAGUUUCAGAACCACCCACCGUAUCAUCAGGAACCGCAGGCGAUACAUGUGCAGAAACGGAGGAGUGGAAGCACCCUCCCGACCAGCCAGACGACGCCGAACCUGUCUUCACAAAACGAUGUUCCGAGGGGUCGUCAGUCUGCCGUGCGUACACCGGCCCAGGCACAUGUGCGGCCGUCCGUGACCAUGACGGAGAUGGGGCUGAGGGACAUCUUGCGCUCGACUGACCAGCGUCUGCGGGAGGGAUCCAGCCGAUCCCCUGCCAAAGACACGCCGCAACCGUCGCCAACUCGUACAUCGCCGGCAAAGACUCCGUCGAGCCGCAAGUCCGAAUCGGGGCGGGCAGCUGGGCGGCAUAAUAGGGGGACCCCGAGCCCCAGCAAGUCCGGGAACACGGCCUCUUUGCCGACUCAGGCCUCGGCCGCUUCGAUUGGAAGCGUGGCAAACAGUCUGAUUGCCGAAGCCACGCAGGAACUUAAACUCCCAGAAGGCAUGCCUAGUCCCCGGCGCCUUCGGGGGCGGGAAUGGGAGCCCCAGGACCAUCAGAUUCUGCCGCCGAGCUUGCCAGGGCUGGAGAGUCCAAGUCAUAGGAGUGACAGCCCUCAAAGGAGUCCCCAGCGAAGCCCGCAGCGCAGCCCGCAGCGCAGCAGCCCUCAGAAAAGUCCGUCAAAGAGACAGUCGGCCGACAGUGACCAGUCGAGCUCCCUGUCCACCUUGUACAGCGUCGGGGAGCCCGAGAGCGAGGAGCAGGAGAUCCAGCGGCAGUAUUUCCUCCAGCAGCAGAGAUAUCGGCAGGAAGAACUGCAGGCGCUGACGGCAGGGGACGACCCAUUCACCGACAACGGCCGCGCCCGCGGUCGUCACGUCAGGCAGAAACAGGAGCAGCCCGCCGGCCCCCGGCCGCUGAGGCGCACCAAGACGAUGAGCCCAAGCGUGCUCACCACCCGGGCGAACACGUCUCCCAUUUCCCAGCCACUGCGGCCGCUGUCGGUCAACUCCAAGAGCGGCCCCGGGCGCGGCCUCGAUCUCCAGGUUGCGCCGCCGCGCCCCCUGACGCUGCGGGCCUCGCGCACCAUGGGAUCCGGCGACGUGGCGGCCAAGCGCGCGCCGGAGCAGCAGCCUCCCAUGCCGGAACCGCAGCCAGACUGCAGCUUCACGUCAGACUCGGUCGGCAGCGACGACUCGGAGGCAACGGCGCUGCCGGCCUGCGAAACACCCAAGGCCGAGUGGGUUGCUGCCGCGGACCGCGGCCACUCGCCCACGGAGGGCAGCCCGCUCACACCGGGGGCCCGCGGCGACAAGGACGCCGACCUGUCGUCGUCGCCCUUUAGCGAGCAGGAGAUCCUGUCCAUGCUCCUGGCCAGCGGGGGCAACAGGCGGGCGCUGCCACAGCCGCCGGCGGCAGUGGCCAGCGCAGACGGCAGCGUCCUCCCGACGGGCCUGUCUCCGCGCCCGUCGGUCAAGAGCGCGGCCAGCUCGCCGCGGAGGAAGCUCUAA